GAUAUCCUGAAAUUUUUCUACAUCCUGCAUCUCGCUCAGUAGUAUCCCAUACCAGCAUACCACGCUUUGAAGCUAAAAUUUAGAAAGGGCCUAUUCUAAUUCAAACUCCACGUGAUAAACAUCUAGUUUUGUUUAGAUCUGUGCUGUUGUCUCAUUUAUUGCUUCCUCGUUUUCAACUUCAAUAUUCUCAUGGUUCGACGUACAUAAGUCUUCAAUUGCCACUUAUCGAUAUGGGUGGAAAACAUAAGGUCGCCAAGCCUCAGUUCAACGUUGGAGAACCGGCAGCAAAGAAAAACAAGCCAUCUAGUCCGAAUAAAGAUGACGCCAAGACAGUUGCUUCACCAGGUGUUAAUGAAAAGACUGGAGGUCAACUUACUAAAGCUAUGAAGAGGAGACUACGCCGGGAAAAAAUGGCGAAAGGUAAUGACUUCAAAGUGAAUCAAUCAGAAGCCUCUCCUGGUGGCAAACCAAAAGUUACCGAUACAAAUCAAGGCAAAGCAAUCGCCAAUAAAACAAAUAAGGGUAAUAUUACCACACCGAAGGCUGUGAAUGAAAAGAACGCAAGUAAUGCAAGUCCCAUGAACACUAGUGUGGAAGGUAAGAAGAAAAGAAAGAGGAAGAAGAGUGGUGGGCAGCAACCUAAACAACUCAAUGGAUCUGCUGCAUCGCCGAACCAAGCUGCAGCCAAGAAGCCACAGCCUGCCAAAGGACAAUCCCCACCUAGCGAUGGUGGUGACAGUAAUGAUAAGGAGGUGAUGGAACUUAUGAUGAAGAAGACGGGCGAAAGUGAUAGAGAAAGCCGUCUGAACACAAGUGGAGAAAGAAAGAGGAAGAGGACGAGAGGGAAGAAGAGAAGGAGUGCUUCUGCCCAACAAAAUAAAGCGGGUGAAGUUAGUAAGAAUUCAGCUGAGAAGUCAAAACAAUUGAAUGGUACUGCUGCAUCGCCGAACCAAGCGGCUACCAAGGCUAAUCAGAAAAACAAGAAGCCUCAACCUGCCAAAGUUCAAUCUCCACCUAGCGAUGAUGAUGAUGAUGAUGAUGAUGAAAGCGAAGACGAGGAUGAUGAUGAAGAAGAGGAAGUGAAGACUCAGAAAAAAAUGGACGAGGACGAAGAAGACAGUGAUGACGAAGAUGAUGAUGAUGACAGUGAUGAAGAUGAUGAUGAAGAAAAUGCUUCACCGCAGAAACAAGCUACAGCCAAGAAAAACAAGAAGCCACAACCUGGUAAGCCCAAAUCACCACCUAAUGAUGAUGAUGAAAGUGACGACGAUGAGGAUGAGGAUGGAGUGAAGAAAAUGGACGCUGAAGAGGACGAAGAUGACAGCGACGACGAUGAUGAAGAUGGCAGUGAUGACGAUGAAGAAGAUGAGCCGAAAGUGUCAACUCCAAGUAAGGGUCUGAAGCCGUCCACGGGCGAAGAUAUCAUCAAAUUCAAGAAUUCCGAAGAUGACGAAGAUGAUAGUGAUGAUGAUGACGACGACGAUGCGGACGAUGACGAUGCUGAAGAUCAGCCACUAGCGAAAAAAGGCAAAUUCGAAAGGAGAUCUUUCGAUGAUAGAGGAUCUGAUCAUACAGCGUUCGUCGCUAAUAUUCCCAGCUCCAUGAGUGAAGAUCAAGUUAAGGAAGCUUUCAGCAAAUUUGGAAGCAUUUCUCGUUUUUCGUGGCCUGUCGACCAAGAAGGAAAUAAAAAGGGAUUUGCGUUCAUAGGAUUCGCAGAUGCUGAUAGCCUACACAAAGCUCUGGAAGAGAAUAAUUCGAUGACAUUGGAGGACAAUACCUUGGUCAUCAAGAAAGCCGAUCCGAAAGGAGCAAAGGGAGGUGGUCGAGGAGGAAGGGGUGGAUUCAGAGGAAGCCCUCGCGGUGGAGGAGGAUUCAGGGGAGGCUCCCGCGGCGGUGGUGGCGGAUUUAGAGGCAGCAGAGGGGGAUUUAGAGGCAGUCCUCGCGGCUUCAGAGGAAACUCGCGCGGUGGUGGAGGUUUCAGAGGAAACCGUGGUGGAGGAUUUAGAGGAGGCCGAGGUAGGGGAGGAGGAGAUUAGAUUAACGUUUAGUGACGUUUGCUGUUGGUGGCCAAUAUACUUCUUUAUAGAACUUCGGCAAAAUGUUUUGGCUAUAUAUUUAGACUAUUUGGAUACUCAAGAUUGGUAAAUCUUUUUAAAUUGAGGUGCAGAAUUUAUGAAUACCUUUUCAUAAUUCAAGUGUUUGUGGAAGUUCAUUCUACGUUGAUUUUGCUUAUUUCUAUGUUAUAUCUAUCAAUUUCUUGAUUUAUCAUCUUAUUUCGAUGACGUAUUAAUAUAAUAUUAUAGACAUAUUAUCUCUACUGUUUCCUACAAAAGCGUUUUUAAGGACUUUUGAUGUUACAACUCUGCUCAACCACUCAAUCUAUUUGAUUAUCAUUGUUCCCACUCAGUAUUCACAUUUUUUUAAAUGAUCUUAUUUUUUUCAUAUCAGUAGGUAUACUUUAUAACCUACCUGUAUAUUCAUUUCAAAUUGAAAAAAUAGUACCUGCCGUUUUUAAUCUAAAUUUAGAUUGCAGUCAUCACUGUACUUGCCUCCCCACCGAGACUGGAUAAUUGGCAGUAAUUUAUAGACGUGGUGGAAUCGUUUCAUGUUUGUAAAUGUUAUCAAAGUAGAACAUUCAUGUUGCGAACCAUUCAUCCCGAUGUUCAAGGGGAAAACCAUUAAUUCCCAAAAGGGGAUUAAUAUGAAAAAUCGAAUUAAUUUGUGUUGACUUUGUCAAAUCUGCUCGUUGAUGACUGCUAUUGUAUUGCAUAUAUUCACGUUUUAAUUAGUUUUUCAUAUUCCCAUUUAAUCGGAGGGUAAAUUACAUCAACAACUUGUUCACUAUGAAUACGUUUGAUUAUAUUUUUAUGUAGUGUUGACUUUUCCAUCAACGUAGUAACAUUAAGUUUACAUUACAACGGGCAUGCCAUUGUAAAGAAAGUUUCUCAAAUGUUUGAUUUCAAGGUCAUCAACGAUCCGAUAAAUUGUGACUGACUAAAUAACUCCACCAAUCUUAAACUAUAUUGCUAUGUCAGAAUUGUCUGUGGUUUUGUGAAUCUUUCUGAACUCCGUCAUUUAGUCAAGACAAAAUCAAAAUAUUGAUGGACAAAAGGAAAAUUUUUAAUUUAUCUCUAGCACACAUUAUGCAAGUGUUAGUAGCUGAUGAGGAAGCAUAAGUUUAGUAAUGAUUUUAUAAUAGUGAGAUUUGGUCCAUUGAUUUGUUAAUAUCAAGUACUAUUUAUUGACAGAAAAUAUUAAUUAUUAUCCUCAUAUUCUAUUCAUUUUUAAUAUAUUCUUUUUUUAACUCUAGAGGAUGUUUAUUUAAUCUACCGGGAAGUCUGUAUUGUGUCCAGCUCUCAUUAUAAAGCAACGUCUUUCUUAAUGAUUGUCGAAUUUGUUAGGCUUUUCAAGUCAACUAUUGUUACUAAUAUUAUCCCUUUCAAAUGAGCUAGAAAAGUAAGUUAUGAAGUAUCUCAUUCAUGCUUCGAUAUACUUUCUUCGGCAGUACAUAUACUGAAAAUGGAGCUAUUACAUUUUGAAUUACAAUGGAGAAAAUUAUUCGAAUUCAUACAAGAAGUGUAAAAGUCAAUUGAUAAUGUGUUGUAUUUGCUCAUGUGUGAGCUUUUUACUUGUUUCAACUGUCUAUUCUAUGUAUUUUAUUCAUUUUGCCAUUAAACAUUUUGUUUGUAAUA